AUGUUCUGCAGCACAAGACAAGGCCGGGUUUGGCAAGAUCUUGAGCUGCUGCAACCAGGCAAAAAAGACAAUAUUGAUUGGGUAUGGAUUGAUACUUGCUGUAUCGACAAGACAUUUAGUACCGAGCUUUCAGAAGCCAUCAACUCUAUGUAUACAUGGUAUGAAAACUCACAUGUGUGCUACGUGUUCUUGGAGGACGUACCCGAGCACAGCCCGUUAUUUUCAAGAACGCCGUUCAAAUAUGCGAGGUGGUUUUCUCGGGGCUGGUGCCUCCAGGAAUUGAUUGCUCCCAGAAAGAUUGAGUUUUAUUCCGCAGACUGGACGGAAAUUGGCACACAAAACAGUCUUCGGGUCUUAAUCGAGGAUAUAACUGGGGUCCCGGUAGCAAUUUUACAGAAGGAGGCAUCUCUUGCUGACUUGACAAUUGCGCAAAAGUUUUCCUGGGCUUAUAGACGGCGGACGACCAGAGAAGAAGACGAAGCAUAUUGUCUCCUUGGAAUUUUUGGCAUUUCUAUGCCAUUACUUUAUGGAGAAGGGCGACAGGCCUUUCAUCGUCUACGGCUGGAAAUAAUGAAGAAUACGGAGGACUACUCACUUUUCCUAUGGACUGAUCAGUAUGAAUCACAUGGCGGCUCGACUGGGGUAUUGGCAUCCUCCCCGGCGUGGUUUCCCAAGCGUGGAUUUGAAGCCAAGCAGAGGAUCAUGGACGACAGACCAAAAGAAUCGCUAAAGGGUUUUAAGUACAAAAACAUCGAAUCGAUCUUUCUUGAUAGUAGGGCUUUAAGACGACUUCCCUUCGACCUUACGCGAUGGAGUCCCUUGCAGAUGACGACUCGUAGACUAUAUUUGUAUAGUUUGACGAAAGAAGUUCAACCCGCUAGUCCUGCUCAGGACGCUUCUUCCGCCAAUCUCCGGCUUCCUUUGGAGCCAAAAGUGUUGGUAUUUUGGACCGGGUGCGUGUACUCACAACAAUAUCUGUGCAUUGUACUCGAUCAAGAUGUGAAAAGUGGAUUCCUAAAGUUCGUUAGAAAGCCGGCGUUGAAUAUCGUACUUGUACCUCCAUCACAGCUCGAGUCAUUACAAUUGACCGCGAUAUAUCUCAAUACCGACUGGCAGCGCGGGAACAGGAUAAAAAUACAAAGGCCAUUUUCUCUGCAUCAAGCCUUCCAACACUUCGAGGUCCUUGUAACAAAGAAGUGUCCAGAAGAGAUCGUUCUGGUAAAGACUUUCCCGCCGUUAGCUUUAUGUCUUGCCGUCAACGAUGCUCGAGGAGAAAGAGUUUACUCUGGCAAGAUUGAUUUAUACGCGCGCUUCUGGUUGGACUUUUGGAUCUUUGAUGGUAAUUCAGGCGUUACCACUGGAAAGUUCAGAAUAAAGCUCGAACUCAAUGGAUUGUGGCCAGCCGGCACGGUGUGCGACCUCGCUACCGACAUCGAACAAAGGGUGUUCCCUAGUGGUGCAGGUCAUAGAACCGAGAAUCUUACAGAUUCCGACCUUCUAAUUAUUAAAAGAAGGCAUGUGAGCGAUAAAAAUCCAGUGUCUCUCGAUGAUCCCGGUGGAACCCUAAAGAUAUUUGGAAAUAAUUCCUCGGUAUACAAUGAGACGGAAUUGGGCCAAUUGGCCCCUAUUGAGGAUGGAGACCGACCUACGGGCAAGCUGAAAAUGGGAUGUUGGUAUCGGUAG